UUUUCCCCGGAUUCCUCAAUCCACAUUAUAAAAUACUCCAGCAACAACAGCCGGGGAUAGGAACCAGGUCCGAUUUCUUCCAGCGCAGCGCCACCUUCUUUCUCCGAACAAUCCGCCGCCCCCGCCCUCGCCCCCGUACUCUGUUUUUUAGCCCCCGCCGGCCAGCCGGCCAGCCUCGCAUUCCGUUCCUUUCUCCACCACUUCUCCUCUCUUUCUCCUCCUUCCUUCCUCCCUCCGCCGCGAGGAGGAGGGGAAAAAGAGAAGAAGAAGCGGACGCCACCGGAGAGAGACAGGAACGGGGGACCCAAUCCGACGCGCGCGGAGGGUCGACGCCCCACACCCCUCUCCGCUCUCGUUUCGGCCGCCGCCGCAGGCAUGACACCACUCUACCUCGCGCGAGGGGCUUCCAAGGUGCUAAGAAGGAUCACCACCGAGACGUCGGUCGAGCUCAAGAUCCUCUCCGAAAAAUGGCAGCUCCUCCUCGCGGGCAUUGUCUUCCAGCUGCCAAAUUGACUGCUAAUGUUACUUCUCCAUACAAACAGUACAUCCAUGGGUUGGCAGCACGAGGGGUCCAUUACUUGCACCGGCCGGGGCCAAUCCUUCAAGAUGUCGGUUUCAUGAUUCUUCCGGAGCUUGGAAAAGAAAGGGGUUACAUCAGUGAGACAUUGUUUACAUUCAUCUUCAUCUCCUUUGCGUUGUGGACAUUUCAUCCUUUCAUCCUUCAAACCAAGCGCUUCUAUACUGUUCUUAUUUGGCGCAGGGUGCUCGCUUUCUUAUGUGCUUCUCAAUUCUUACGCAUAGUGACGUUCUAUUCUACACAACUUCCAGGGCCAAACUAUCAUUGUCGUGAGGGUUCACCUCUUGCCAGACUACCACCUCCUAAAAAUGCAGCUGAAGUGUUCCUCAUUAAUUUCCCAAGAGGUGUCAUUUAUGGAUGUGGUGACUUGAUUUUUUCAUCGCACAUGAUCUUCACUUUGGUCUUCAUCAUAACCUACCAGAAAUAUGGGAGUGUAAGGUUUAUAAAGGGGCUUGCAUGGUGCGUGGCUGUUGCUCAGAGCCUUCUUAUAGUAGCUUCUCGCAAGCACUACAGUGUUGAUGUUGUUGUUGCAUGGUAUACAGUGAACCUUGUUGUCUUCUUUCUGGACAAAAGCCUUCCAGAACUUCCUGAUCGAUCAGCAGGCUCAGCAUCAGUACUACCUAUGAGUGUGAAGGAUAAAGACAGCAAGUUGAAAGAAGAAAACACUAGGCUGCUGAAUCUUAACUCUGUCGAAGCUGCUGAUAGGAGACCAUGGACACAAAUGAAUGGAAAGCACCUUGAGAAUGGGAACCAUCUUGAUACCGAAACAACAAUAGCAUGAACGCGCUUUGCCUAUGGUUUCAGUGCUAGUUCUGAAGGAAACAGUUAGAUGUCUUUCUGGUUCUAGCCUGCAGAAGUUUUGUUCCAACACUAUCUUUCCGUUGUCUCAUCGUAGCAACCCUUUAUUUCUGAUCUCUCUAGUUUUAUCUCUUGACUCCCCAACAUCUAAUUUAGAUUAUUCAUUUAUAAAAAGUGUAUAUAGUUUACAGAAUAUUGAGAUUCUUUGGACAGUGUAAUCGCCUGAAAAUUCUGACCAUGUCCUGCUCUGUACCUGCCUUUUGAAAAUAGCCAUACAUGAUUUUUUGAA